AGCCGGUGCCUCUAAAGUAAAGUGACCUUCUUUACGACCGCUAGAAACCGCGCAUCGGCCGAGGCAAAGCAGCUUUUACCUACCUCCGAGGGAUCUUACAGCGUCCUGUUUUAAUCAGAAGCUGACUAUGGGAGACAUUGCAAAGGGAAAGAAAACUUUUGUCCAGAAGUGUGCCCAGUGCCACACAGUUGAGGAGGGUGGCAAGCACAAGGUCGGUCCCAACCUGUGGGGCCUGUUCGGGCGCAAAACCGGGCAGGCGGAGGGCUACUCAUACACAGACGCCAACAAGAGUAAAGGUAUCGUGUGGGGUGAUGACACCUUGAUGGAGUACCUAGAGAACCCCAAGAAGUACAUUCCUGGAACAAAAAUGAUCUUUGCUGGCAUCAAAAAGAAGGGAGAGCGCCAGGACCUUGUUGCAUACCUUAAAUCAGCAACAUCAUAAAGCAAACAAACAAAAAAAAAUCUAAAGAAUAUUUAAUGUCAUUUCAAUGUGUUUUUAGGCUUGCAUUUGCUAAAAUAUGGUUUAUGCUUAGCCAUUUGUAUGCAGAUCACUGUUUGUGGCUUAAAAGUGAAGUGACACUUUUUGAGCUAGUUCAUUUACGGAAAUUGUCACUUCCUCUUAAAGGUGAAAUAGUGAUCUGUCAUACAAGUGGCUAAACCUAAAACUACACUGUCCUUUUUUUGUGAAUCUGUAUUUUGACUUGACAAUGAAGAUAUUAAUCACUUUAUUUAAAAUGCUAGCCAUGAUAGGUUGCCUGGCCUGUCACUCAUUCUGUUUUCCAUGACAACAUGCGUCCAGUACAUUUUUGCUAGCAGAGCCAUCCGCAAACAACUUCAUUUUUAAAAUUGUAACUCAUCAAAGUCCUCUAAAUAAUGAAUAAUAUCGGCUGUGUCAGAGUGAUACAAGGUUGGACAUGUAUGUGUUGGUGGUUAACUGGUGCUGAAACUCAAUCCACUUUUGGCUGAAGAUGAAGCGUUCAUGGCAACUGGGUUUCUGAUCUGAGGAGAGGAUGGUGUCACCCAUUUGUCAUGAACGCACUUUUGAAUCCACAACAAAUUGGACGUUUUGUUUUCUGAGACUUUGGGACAACACCUCUAGCUGUGUUUUAGGACUCCUUUCAGAGCCUGUUCUGAUUGGUUACUUAAUUUGCCUGCUCCAACUCCUGUUUUACCUCCUACUUGUCAUCAAAGUCAUUGAUAAGAGUUUUGUAACGUGCUGUGGGUGACACACUGUUACCAGCCUCUAGUGCGAAGAAAUGUUGGCUGUAAAUAUGUACCAAUGCCUUCAUAACAACACCAUGGUGAGAUGUCCUUCGAUGUAGAGCUCACCUGGUGCAGAUUCAUAACUUAUCUAUGAUGUGGAGCUAGCAUGGCUGACUACAGCAAAACUCUCCAUCAAUGGCACUACUCAAAGUGAAGGAAGAUUGUUAUUUACCUGGUUUCACAGGCCUGAAAGAGGACCGUUUUUAACUUAUUUUACUGUAAACUGACUGAAAGUGUAAGGUUGUAAAGUGUUUGUGAAGGAGAUGCUUGCUGACUGGUGUGUGCAAGCAGAAAUUUAUGCACAUAAAGAACAUUGAAACAUGGUAGCUAUGUUCUGUGGCUGUAGACAGGAUGGAUGAACGAUCAAUAAAAAAAAACUGCAGAAAUGUAAACAUGGCUCA